UCAUUUUAUUUUUAUGCUUGACAUACCAAAAACGAGCAUGGUACAUAUACGACCAAGAUGAUGAAGGGAUCUUUUGUCUUUUGGGUCUGAUCCAUAUGUGGAGAAACGGAUUAAUUGCGUUUUUGUCUAUUUCAUUCUCGUACAUGGUUGAUUUACUGACGAUGGGAACGUGGUUUUGUUUGGCCUGUUGGUUCUGGACUUUUUUAUCUGUUGUCUAUUUUGAAUCUUGGAUUGUUUCUUGGUCUGUCUCCGCAGCCUGUGCUUGUGAGUGGUGUCUUGUCUCUCGGGCUUUUGGGAGUGGGUUUUCGGUGUUUUUUGUUCGGGUCUGGUUGCGCGAGGUAUGCCUUUUCUGUUUAGAUUUAGUUCUGGGGCUGGGUAAAAAGGAUUUGCCUUCUCUCUUUUAUGCUUUUGGUUUUAUGUUUAUUGUUUAUUGUUUAUUGUCCAUCGGUUUUGGCAAAGGCAAAGGCUCUUACAUAUAAAAAAAAGGGGUGGGAUGGGCUGCUUGGCAUUAAAUUGGUUGCUGCGGUUGCAUGGGUGUCUGCCCUCACUAUCUACUUAUUGUAUUCUGG